CUGGUAGUGGACUAAAAUAAAACUUUGUGAGUGAAGAGCUGAGUAUAAGACAAAAAUGGCGGGAUCAGGAUCGGAAUCGGAGAGUGGAGAAAAGGUAUGCGUCACCGGAGGUAGCGGUUGCAUCAGUUCGUAUCUCGUGAGCCUCCUUCUCGACCGUGGUUAUACUGUUCACGCCACCGUCAAAGAUAUCAAUGAUGAGAAGGAAACGAAUCACCUUCGAGCUCUACAAGGAGCAGAUUCGCGUCUCCAUCUAUUUCAGAUUGAUCUCCUUGACUAUGACUCCGUCUUCGCCGCCAUCAAGGACACCGUUGGCGUCUUUCAUCUCGCUUCACCUUGCAUUGUCGACAAAGUCCAGGAUCCUCAGAAUGAGCUAUUGGCUCCGGCAAUCAAAGGCACAAACAAUGUUCUGACUGCUUCCAAAGAGCUCGGUAUAAAACGAGUGGUUGUUACUUCAUCAAUAUCUGCUAUCAUUCCUAGCCCAAAAUGGCCAGCUGAUAAGGUGAAGGAUGAAAAUUGCUGGACAGAUGCUGACUACUGCGAGCAGAAUGAAUUAUGGUAUUCACUUUCCAAGACUCUGGCUGAGAAAUCAACUUGGGAAUUUGCGAAAGAAAAAGGUUUGGAUGUGGUUGUGGUGAACCCUGGGACAGUUAUGGGUCCUAAUAUUCCUCCAUCACUAAACGCAAGCAUGUUAAUGCUGCUCCGCCUUCUUCAGGGCUGCACAGACACAUAUGAAGAUGUGUUCAUGGGAUCUGUUCAUGUCAAAGAUGUAGCUCUAGCGCAUAUAUUGGUUUACGAAAACAAGUCUGCAACUGGAAGACAUUUGUGUCUUGAAUCAAUAUCACAUUAUGGUGAUUUUGCAUCAAAAGUUGCAGAACUUUAUCCCGAGUAUAACAUACCAAGGCUGCCAAGAGACACUCAACCCGGAUUACUAAGGGUGAAGGAUGCGGCUAAGAAACUCAUGGAUCUGGGUCUAGAGUUCAUACCAAUGGAUCAGAUUAUUAAGGAUGCGGUUGAGAGCUUAAAGAGCAAAGGCUUUGUUUCUUAAGGUAAGUUUUUAUUGAGGAGUCAAAUGCUCUAAUGAACAAUUUUAAGGCUGUCUAUUUUGGGGAGAAUUAGAAGAAAUGAAAUGUGUUUUGUGAAUUUAAAAUUUUAAUGGAUUGUUUCCCUCGUCUAUGAUUAUAUUA